UGCUCCUCAUCCACCCGCAGCCCCGAAGACCGCACCUCUCCUCCUCGCUCGCUCCUCCUCCUCCCCGCGUCCUGGCAGGAGCUCCUCCCCGCUGCCGCCGCUCCUCCGCGCCAUGCCGUAGCCGCCGCCGGGUCCUUCUUCUUUCCCACCUCCGGGUCUUGCUUCUUCCCCAUCCCCACCGACACGGCCGACCUCUUCGCUCAUGCCUCCUCCUCCCUGCUGCCGCCGCUCUGCCGCAUCCUUGCCGGAGCUCUGCCGGAGCUCCGCCGGACUCUUACUCGGAGCCGCCGCCGGAGCAGGCCUCGGCCCCUCAUCAAACCUCAAUCGCGAUCUCCCUCGCUCGAUGCAAAGCAGCGGACUUCAGCGAUCAACGCUUGAUUGCCAAAUGGCCCGAUCCAGCCGCUCCGCUGCCAAGGCCACCACCCCGAGAUCGUGUGGAUCUGGCUGCUCCGCCGCCGAGGCCCUCCAACCCUGAGCCCUUCUGCCAUGAGUCUGCAGCAGGCUCCAUUGUUGUGUUCACCACCUGAGCCCCUCACCGCCAGAUCGCAGUCCACUCCACCGUGUAGUCGCUGUCCUGUGCCCCUUUGCAGCUUCACUGCCGAGGCCAACAUCCAGGUUGCCAGACCACCACCUUCUUCAACACCAUAUUGUGGCCCUUGACUUCUGCCUGAUUGCCGUCACAGAGACGUUCAUCAACCCUAGGUGGCCAUGGUACCACGAUGCUGCGGUGAUUGCUGAUACUAUUCCUGUUAUGUCAUGCUUGAUGCUGAAUCACGAGGGAUUCUCCAAGAGUUGGAAGCUGUCAAACAGCACUAGGCAGUCAAGUUGUAGAAAUGGUGAAAAGUAUGGAGAAGCUGCAGUCAAGUUGCUUGCCGCUACAUUACGAGUAACAUGUGAUUUUUCAUCUGAAGACCAAUCCAGAAAUAUUGGGACAAUUUGACUGAAUAACUGCUAAUUAUAACCAAUGUUUUGCUCGAAGUGUUAUUGGAUGUUUUCAUUAGUGGUACAGGUUGCUUACGUAAUCUAUGAUCAAUGGGCGCUUGCUGAUAAAAGAAUGCAUAUAAAUAACAAUUGGUGGAGGCAGAAAAGGAGGCUGGUCAAGUCAGCCUCCUGCAAUUAUGUCACUGGUAUUAUGCUUUCCUAUAGCUGAUCUUUUCCCUCUUCGGUCAUGUUCUGUUCUGUUCUGCUUACCACACCUCUCCUCCUCCCCAAAAAAAAGAUAUGGAACAUCAUCAUGUAGAAACUAAAAUUUAAGUUGACUCAAAUUAAGUAGAAAACAUGCUAGAACGAAGUAUCCCUCCCUCACUGCUGACAAAAGGAAUGAGUGCUUCAAAAGAAUUGAGAGUACAUGUAGCGGUCCUAGCAGAAGAAAGGAAGCAUAUGGAGCAAUAAAUUGGUCUGCCUCUAUUACUAUUAGAGGUAAGCUGAAAAUGAUUAUAAUCUCAUUUGGAUACAGUUAGCAUAAAUAUGUAAGUCAUAAACUCACAGUGGUGCAGUAUAAAUUUUUUUAUAUGAAUUUUGAAUAGCAACCCGAUAUGACACCCAUGCACAUUACAUUUACAGAGAGCAUAUGACAUGCUUGCAAUGAUCAAAAUUCCGAAGAAAUGUGCGGUUGUUGUCGUUAUGAGCUGUGAGGCCCAGCAAGCAGAGCAGAUUAGUGUGAUUUAUUGAUUCUAUAUGUUAAAAUUGAUAUACUACAUCAUGUUUCUAUGUUUUGUAGUGCAGACUUUUUCUAGAGAUAAUUUGUGUAUCCAUUCAAUAAUAUUUUUUUCUACAGCUAAUUCAGGCAAACAACAAUGCUGGGAUGAUUUUUAUAAGUAGGACAUGAACGCUAGAAAGCUAAAUUGACACCCUGGUGCCUCCCGUUUAUAGAUGUCACCAACAAGUAAGAGUGUUCCUCUUGUGUUUAUAUUGGAAUAUUGUUAUUGCUUCUAUCUGUAAAACCUGAAAAAUCUGAAACCAUUCCUAUGCUGAAUAAUAGAAGAUAUAAAAUGAAUAUGUGUCGCCAUUGCAUCCUUAUAUUUAUUUCUUCAAUCCACAAUUAACUAUCUAAACCACUUUUUUAUUUUAAUUCACACAAAUUAUUUUCGUUGCUGGUUUUAGUAUGAAUAUUUUGAUAUAUCUCCGCGCAAAAAAGGAUUUUGAUAUAGCUAUAUGCAUGUGCAUUGCCAUUCGAUUCCUUUUCCAAUAUGUAACAGUAGUCAUUGUAAAUAUACUUUCAUAUUGUUUCUCUCUGUUGGGGCAAGAACUCUGAAAAAUGAUAUUUGGGGUGGUUGAUAAGCUCACCAGGUAAAAAGGUAGAAACCAUGUAAAGAAAACUUCCUUCAAUUUAGUUUGUAUGGGCAUUAAUAAGUUACCUAAAACAAAUACUAAGAAUUUUGGGUCAAAAGGUAUGCUUUCUCCACAUAAUUUUGAUGUAAGAGUGAUAUGGUUCAACCCAUAACUCUUUUUGAUAUGGGUGUUCAGUUGCUACUUUUCUUCUUUUUGCAGGAAAUUUAUUUGCAAAGCACUCAAUUUACUGCUCUGCAAUUGCUUCACAGGUAACAUUCAUGCUUUCAAGUAUGUACUGUUCAUUCAUCUAUGCACAUAUAAAUGUGAAUUUUAUACUGCAGAAAUAGCUCACCAUUCAGUUUCAAUAGUUUAUGUUAAUGUUUCCGUAUAACAUUGGAACCAUGGCCCAUGCAUCCUUUUAUUAGCAAUAUUAACUGCUCAGAUCGGGCCGGGGGGUGUUAUCUUCAGAGGGAGGAAAGUGUGAGGAAAAAGUUUUCAUGGCAUCGUUAGUUGUUCCCCUGAGAAAAACAUAUGUAUCCACCUGGAUAUUUACAAUUUUUUGUUUACCAGAAAGUAAAUGAUGAGUAUAACCCUAAUCCUCUCAUUUUAGUCUUCAUUUUAGAUAAGUAUUCCUUAUUGAAUGUAAAACUGAAGUUACACUGAUGCAUGAAUACAUAAUUAUUCUAUGGGAUUGGUUGUUAUUUGUACUACUGAGUACUGACCAUUCUCUCAUGAUAUAUGAACAGAGCAUAUGCUCCUAGCAAGAAAUGUGGCAUGGGUGAGUUUAUUGUCUUGCUUUCACCAUGUAUGGAAUGUGGCAUGUGAGUUUAUACUCUUUCUUUCACCAUGUUGACUUUUUGCACAUUUAUAGAAUCUUUUGGUAUGAUGCUUUUUGUCGAUUCACAUGUUUUAUUAAUUAUUAACGACCAGCUGCAUAGGAAAACUGAAGAUGUACAUGGUUGAAAAGCCUAUAACAUUAUUACUAUGUUCAUUUAUCUACAAUCGUUUGGAUUUAAGAGUUUCCAGGAUAAUUUACUAAGGUGGUUAUCUCUGGUAAUUAGUUUCUUGUCUUCAUCUACUCCUUUUAUACCAGAAAAAAUAAUUAUUGGAUGAUGAUAAUAUACUAAGGCCUACUGCAGAUGUUGUGACUAAUAUUGCACAUCUUCAGUGCAUGCUUCUCUAGGGUGGACACUGUUUAUUCCCGACAGUUCUUAAUCACUUAGAAAUAGAGUUAUGGAAUUCAGCAACAUAUGUGAUUUGAUCUGAAAGAAUCAUCAAAGAGUUCAUCUUCGUGUAAGCUUAUAUUAUAAAAGAUUUUAUGCCAACAUUUUAUCUUUCCAAAACGUGUCUUGCACGUGCACGAUUACUAGUCAAUCUUAAAAUUGUUAGUUUAUUUUCUGAAUGUAUUCAUAGAGAUAGGAUGCGUGCACAUGUGUUCAUAUGGGUGAGUGUGCGUGUGUUGUUAAACAUCGGCGUUUGUACUGUGUUUAAAAAACUGCUAAAUUAUAUUACUAUUUUAUAUACAAAUUGUUUAAAAAUAUCAUAUAAAUCUACUCUUAAGUUUUAAAUAAUUAAAAACUUAAUUAAUAAUAUGUUAAUGAUUUUCUCAUCUUACCUUAGGCUGAGUUCUUAUCUCUAGUUUUCCAACUUACCUCCUUCAUUUUCCACGCGCACAUUUUUCAAACUGCUAAACUGUGCGUUUUUAAAAAAAUUUUCUAUACGAAAGUUACUUUAAAAAAUUAUAUUAAUCUAUUUUAGUUAAUACUUAAUUAAUUAUAUGCUAAAUGCUUCUUCGUUUUGCGUGUUAAGGAGUAAGGUUCUAAACCCUCACUCCAGAACACAUCCUAAUCUUUCAGCUGACACUAAGUAGAGUGGAGCUUAUACUUGUAAGCUAGUAAUAGCAGUUAAACCAUACCGUCUGUUGGAUUCAACAACGACGAUGUAGUGGCAACUGCUAGCAGAAAGCAUCUUCCUUCAGACACGGUUAGUCUCUCGUCCCCUUGAGUCUCACUGUAGUUGAACUGCCUCCACGCAAGUUACUCCCUCCAUCCCAAAAAUAAUUCAACCAGAAGAGGAUGUCCAGAUUCAUUAUCUUAAGAGGGAUCGGUUGAUUUUUUUUAGACGGAGAGAGUAGGCCUUAUGACAUAUUUACAUUCGUGUUCCAGUAGACUCAUUUCCAAUUUCCCAACCAAAAGCAUAGUACUAGUACACUGGACUACUUGACGUUCAAUUGAAAUGCUUAAAAAAUCAAUAAAAAAGCAUUAAGUUUCGAUCCACCAAUCCACCAUACACCUUACCAGUCACCAACUAAUCCACCAACACCCGGCCUCACCAAAACCCAGCUGGUCACCCGUCUGCUAUUUAAGCGAUCUCCCGCACUCCGUUUCCCUCCAAGAAGAGCACACAGCAGCCUCUCUAUAGUCUCAGCUCUUCUUCCACCACCACCCAGCUCCUCCUCCUCCUCCUCGUCGUUGUUCGCCACCACCGCUCGGAGAGAUGGCGAGCCAGACCGCCGACGCCACGGGGUUCGUCGCGAGCGACCCGCUGUCGUGGGGCAAGGCGGCGCUGGAGAUGACGGGGAGCCACCUGGACGAGGUGAAGCGCAUGGUGGCGCAGUCACGGGAGGCCGUGGUGAAGAUCGAGGGGUCCAGCCUCCGCGUCGGCCAGGUGGCCGCCGUCUCCGCGGCCAAGGACGCCUCCGGCGUGGUGGUCGAGCUGGACGAGGAGGCCCGCCCCCGCGUCAAGGCCAGCAGCGAGUGGAUCCUCAACUGCAUCGCCCACGGCGGCGACAUCUACGGCGUCACCACCGGCUUCGGCGGCACCUCCCACCGCCGCACCAAGGACGGCCAGGCCCUCCAAGUUGAGCUGCUCAGGCAUCUCAAUGCCGGAAUCUUCGGCAACGGCUCCGAUGGCAACUCGCUGCCGUCGGAGGUGUCGCGUGCGGCGAUGCUUGUGCGCAUCAACACCCUGCUCCAGGGCUACUCGGGCAUCCGCUUCGAGAUCCUCGAGGCGAUCACCAAGCUGAUCAACACCGGGGUCAGCCCAUGCCUGCCGCUCCGAGGCACCAUCACGGCGUCCGGCGACCUCGUGCCGCUGUCCUACAUUGCCGGCCUCAUCACCGGGCGCCCCAACGCGCAGGCGGUGACCGUCGAUGGCAAGAAGGUGGACGCCGCCGAGGCGUUCAAGAUCGCCGGCAUCCAGGGCGGCUUCUUCAGGCUGGAGCCCAAGGAAGGUCUCGCCAUCGUGAACGGCACCUCCGUGGGCUCGGCCCUCGCUGCCAUGGUGCUCUACGACGCGAACGUCCUCGCCGUCCUGUCCGAGGUGCUGUCCGCCGUGUUCUGCGAGGUGAUGAACGGCAAGCCCGAGUACACCGACCACCUGACGCACAAGCUGAAGCACCACCCGGGCUCGAUCGAGGCCGCCGCCAUCAUGGAGCACAUCCUCGCCGGCAGCGCGUUCAUGCCGCACGCGCAGAAGGUGAACGAGGUGGACCCGCUGCUGAAGCCGAAGCAGGACAGGUACGCGCUCCGCACGUCGCCGCAGUGGCUGGGACCCCAGAUCGAGGUCAUCCGCGCGGCCACCAAGUCGAUCGAGCGCGAGGUCAACUCGGUGAACGACAACCCGGUCAUCGACGUCCACCGCGGCAAGGCCCUGCACGGCGGCAACUUCCAGGGCACGCCCAUCGGCGUGUCCAUGGACAACACCCGCCUCGCCAUCGCCAACAUCGGCAAGCUCAUGUUCGCCCAGUUCUCCGAGCUGGUCAACGAGUUCUACAACAACGGGCUCACGUCAAACCUGGCCGGCAGCCGCAACCCGAGCUUGGACUACGGCUUCAAGGGCACCGAGAUCGCCAUGGCCUCCUACUGCUCGGAGCUCCAGUUCCUCGCCAACCCGGUCACCAACCACGUCCAGAGCGCGGAGCAGCACAACCAGGACGUCAACUCCCUCGGCCUCGUCUCCGCCAGGAAGACCGCCGAGGCGGUGGACAUCCUCAAGCUCAUGUCCUCCACCUACCUGGUUGCGCUCUGCCAGGCCGUCGACCUGCGCCACCUGGAGGAGAACCUCAAGAGCGCCGUCAAGAACUGCGUGACGACGGUGGCCAAGAAGGUGCUCACCACGGGCCCCGCCGGCGGCCUCCACAGCGCGCGCUUCAGCGAGAAGGCCCUGCUCACCGCCAUCGACCGCGAGGCCGUGUACAGCUACGCCGACGACCCGUGCAGCGCCAACUACCCGCUGAUGACCAAGAUCCGCGCCGUGCUCGUCGAGCACGCCCUCGCCAACGGCCCCGCCGAGAAGGACGACGGCUCCUCCGUGUUCUCCAAGAUCACCGCGUUCGAGGAGGAGCUCCGCGAGGCGCUGCCCAGGGAGAUGGAGGCGGCGCGCGUGGCGUUCGAGACCGGCACCGCGCCGAUCACCAACAGGAUCAAGGAGAGCAGGUCGUUCCCGCUGUACCGCUUCGUCCGCGAGGAGCUCGGCUGCGUGUACCUCACCGGAGAGAAGCUCAAGUCCCCCGGCGAGGAGUGCAACAAGGUGUUCCUGGCCAUCAGCGAGCGCAAGCUCAUCGACCCGAUGCUCGAGUGCCUCAAGGAGUGGAACGGCGAGCCCCUGCCCAUCUGCUGAUCGAACCAGUCCACCCGCGAACGCGACAAGAUCCAGGAAGAGACGAUACGUGCACCGAAAUAAGAAAGGGAGGAAUUCAGGAUCCUGAAGGCUUCUCGUACGCUCAUCAGCAGAUUACGUUGUUUCUCCGUCCGUGUUUUUUUUUUCCUUUUUGAGCUUGCUGUAUUUAUCCGUGUUGUAAUCGUGUGAGAUUGCUGCUGCAAUGCCGUGGCGCCUGCAGCGUUCAUGGCCUUGGCUGGCAGCUUUCUGAUUCCGUUGUUGUAUUUUGCAAGUGAAAUAUACUAAUAUAGCGCUAUCUUGAUUACAUGUGUUGAAA